AUGGCCGCAGACGAGCAGUCAUCCCCGACGCGGAAACGCGACCGCGAGGAAGAAGGGGAGGACCUCUCCGACGGGGGCGCCGCCAAGAAGCGGCCGCGCGCGGAGGGCGCGUCCCUGCUGGGGCUGGCUACCUACGAGGACGAGGAGGAAGACGAAGCGGCCAGGGGCCACGGGAAUGGCCGACGCGCGGUGGAGCCUGAGGGGGAGGAGGACGAGGAGGAUGACGAUGAGGAGGACGACGUGAGGAGGGCUCCGGAGAGGAGGCCCAGGCAGGUUGAGCUGCGCCGGGACUGCCCGUACCUCGACACUGUGAACAGACAGGUUCUUGAUUUUGAUUUUGAGAAGUUCUGUUCAAUCUCCUUGUCAAAUUUGAAUGUGUAUGCGUGCUUGGUCUGUGGAAAAUAUUUCCAAGGAAGAGGGUUAAAAUCUCAUGCAUAUACACACAGUCUUGAAGCAGGCCAUCACGUGUUCAUUAAUCUUCAAACCGAGAAGGCUUACUGUCUUCCUGAUGGAUAUGAGAUUAAUGAUCCAUCGUUAGAAGAUAUUCGGCAUGUUCUCAAUCCAAGGUUCACUAAAGAGCAGGUUCUAAAUCUUGACAAAAAUAAGCAGUGGUCUAGAGCACUUGAUGGCUCCAAUUAUCUACCUGGAAUGGUGGGUCUUAACAACAUCAAGGAGACUGAUUUUGUGAAUGUCACAAUACAGUCAUUAAUGAGAGUUACGCCUCUGAGAAAUUUCUUUCUAAUCCCUGAAAACUAUCAGCAUAGCAAAUCACCAUUGGUUCAUCGUUUUGGGGAAUUGACACGUAAGAUUUGGCAUGCUAGGAACUUCAAGGGCCAGGUUAGUCCACAUGAGUUUCUGCAAGCAGUUAUGAAGGCCAGCGACAAACGGUUUCAGAUUGGUGUACAGUCAGAUCCAGUGGAAUUUAUGUCAUGGCUCUUAAACACACUGCAUGCGAAACUAAAAAGCUCAAAGAAGAAAAACAGAAGCAUAAUACAUGAUUGCUUUCAGGGAGAACUUGAAGUUGUUAAGGAGGUUCAUAGGAAGCAUAUAAUGGAAAAAAGAGAGGAUGGCGAUGAGCUGAAUGGUGAGGUAGGUUCAGUGGUUGGAACUGCAGAUGGAAUUGUUACUGAAACAUCUAAGGUCCCAUUCCUGAUGCUCGGUCUUGACCUGCCACCUCCACCUCUUUUCAAAGAUGCCAUGGAGAAAAAUAUCAUUCCACAGGUACCAUUAUUUAACAUACUGAAGAAGUUUGAUGGUGAGACUGUGACGGAGGUUGUCCGACCAUCCAUUGCCCGAAUGAGGUACCGAGUCACUAGACUGCCGAAGUAUCUGAUCCUUCAUAUGCGAAGGUUUACCAAAAAUAAUUUCUUUGUCGAGAAAAACCCUACUCUAGUUAAUUUUCCUGUGAAGAACUUGGAAUUGAAGGACUACAUUCCAUUACCUAAGCCGAAAGAGAAUCAUAAGCUACGUUCAAAGUAUGACCUCAUAGCAAACAUUGUCCAUGAUGGCAAACCAGGCGAAGGAUGCUACAGAGUAUUUGUACAGCGGAAAUCAGAAGAGGCCUGGUACGAGAUGCAGGACCUCCAUGUUACUGAGACUCUUCCUCAAAUGUUCCCAGUACUUCACCUCUUCGAGUCCGCCGUCACGGACACACGAACUCGCGGGGAGCACGUGGGGCGGCCGUUAGUGGAGGCAAUCGCCGGCGAGUUAGGAGGCCAACACGACGGAGGAGUGACGCCGAAACCCGGUGGUGUGCGGAUUCUCACGGUGGUCGCGGUGAAUCUGCACGAUGGUGUCGGUGUUGCGGCCAAAAGGGCAAGGCCGACCUGUGUAUGGUUUUUUACUGGAAAAGGAGUUAAUCGGGCCUAUGUUGGUGGGAAAGUUCACUGCUUUGAUCAUUGUGAGGCAGACACUUGGUCUCCAGUGUGGUUUAAUGAGUUGUUGUUCAUGCUUUACUACCCGAAGAACCCAAAUUUGAAGAUGUACUGGCUUUUAUCUGGGAAAGACAUUUCAGAUGGCAUUAGGUUGAUUUUUAGUGACUCAGAUACCUUGGUGAUGGCCUCUCUAGUAGGUAGAGUGAGGACAUUUGUUCUGUAUGCUUAUCAUGAUGACUCUCUAGCUAGCUUGGAUUGGGAUGACAUUGUGGCAAACCCAAUAAGAUCAAUGCCCAAGGUUAUGAGCCCCUGUAGAGUGGGAGUGCAGAACAGGAACAUAAUAUAUAUUCCUGAUGAUGUGGAUGCAACUUAUGAAGAUGAUGUGCAGUAUAGUUCUAGUGAAGAUGACUCAGAUUUUGAAGAUAGUGAUUAUGAUCUGGCUAAUGAAGAUGAUGAUCUAUUCAUGGAUAAUGUUGAUGACCAAAUGGUUGAUCAAGGAGUUGCCAUGGGAAAGAAGGUACCCAAGGGAAAGAGAGCUCAAGUUAUGGUGGGCAGAGGUGAUGAGGAUUUCUCAACUGAUGAUGAAGGGUUAAUGGUUCCAAACUCUGAUGUUGAAAACAAUGUCACAUUCAAUUUCAAGUCAUUCAAGCAUGAAGACUUGGUCAAUCUAGUGUUCAAAGUAGGAAUGAUCUUUGAGUCUGUAGAGUUGCUAAGGAAGGCUAUUACAGAAUAUAGUUUGAAGCACAGGGUGGAUAUUAAGAUGCCAAUGAAUGAGAAGAAGAGGUUGCGAGCCAUAUGUGAGAAAGGAUGUCCUUGGUAUUUGUAUGCUUCAGAUGAUAAGAGGGCUCAUGGAAUGAUGAUAAAGACUUUUUGUGGUGAGCACAACUGCCACAAGAAGUGGGUAUUAAAGAGGUGCACAUCCAAUUGGUUUGUUGAUAAGUACUUGAAAUCUUUCAGAGCUGAUAAGAAGAUGACACUAGGGAAUUUUGCUAGAAUAGUGCUGAAAGCAUCUAGGCCCCUAGUUGGGUUUCGGUGA